CUUAUAAAACCCAAUGCCUAAUACCCUUUGCUCAUUCACCACCAAAGCAUCGAACUUUUACUGAUAUUCCACUUUCAAAGCAACACAAGAUUAAGUAGCAAGAAACAAAUUAAGAGAUAUGAAGCAUGAAGCUACUAUCAUCGAUGUCCCUGCAGAAUCCAGCUCAGCCAUGAAAGGCAAAGCUCCUCUAAUCGGUGUUGCUAGAGACCACACUGCUACUGGCUCAGGUGGAUACAAGAGAGGUCUUGCCAUCUUCGACUUCCUCCUCCGUUUAGCUGCCAUUGUUGCAGCUUUAGCCGCUGCUGCAACUAUGGGAACAAGUGACGAGACUCUUCCAUUCUUCACACAAUUCUUACAGUUCGAAGCUAGUUACGACGACCUACCAACUUUCCAAUUCUUUGUGAUUGCCAUGGCCUUAGUAGGAGGAUAUCUCGUUCUGUCUCUUCCAAUAUCCGUCGUUACAAUCCUUCGCCCUCUUGCCACCGCCCCAAGACUCCUCUUGCUUGUUCUUGACACUGGGGUUCUGGCGUUGAACAUGGCGGCUGCUUCAUCUGCGGCAGCAAUAUCGUAUCUAGCACACAGUGGAAACCAGAACACGAACUGGCUCCCCAUUUGCCAACAGUUUGGAGACUUCUGUCAGAAAUCCAGCGGAGCUGUUGUCUCCGCCUUUGUCUCCGCAGUCUUCUUCAUCAUCCUCGUUGUCAUCUCCGGCGUCGCUCUGAAAAGACACUAAUCAAAAACCUAUAUACAGUACAUGUCUGUUCAUCAUUAUUGUAAAAUUGAAAUCAUUUGUGUAAAUCUACUCAUCAUGCCUUGUGUUGUGUUGUAUUAAUCUUUUCAAAAGGAAAAAUGAAAGUGUGUUUGUUUUUUCUU